AUGGCGGAAGCACUCGGCAUCGCUGGUAGUGCAGUUGGCAUCAUAUCCUUAGCUGUCCAACUCGGUGAUGGCAUCUUGAAACUCAAAUCAUUUUGGCAUGCCGUUAAAGACGCUCCAGAAGAGAUCUUAUAUAUCCUCGAUGAAUUGGACAUAACGCAUGUGCUACUCACAGAAAUCGAGGACAGCCUUGGUAGCCAAACGAUAUCGCCUGCGGCCGCUAGACCGCUUCGACUAUGCCAAAAAGGUGUGGAUAUAUUGAACAAUGCCGUUAGGGAGCUAGAAGAUGAAAUGCGACGGAGAAAGAAAUGGGGAGGAGUCAAAAUGGUAAUGAAAAAGGAAUUGCUUGAGAAAAUGGAAAAGAGACUUGGGAGAGCAAAUUCAUUGAUGAUGCUGGCGCAUCAGAACUAUAUCGCGAGCUUAAGCAAAUCGAGACACGAUGAACAAGUGAGAUUAGCCACGCAACAAUUUUCAGAGAUGGUGGAAAUACGAAACACUUUGAAUAGCUUUAAUUCAGCUGCAUCUAUCGUCACUACCCAUCAACAGACAUCUCUCAAUACAACGACUUCUUCGAGUACAUCAAGUGGGAACACUACUUCAUGUUCCAGGUCUAUCAAACCACUAUCAAAGCGUCAGAAGAUCCUCAAUGCAAAGCUGCGACUUCCUUUCUUCUCGAGUGUAUGGGAGCUAUGUGCCUAUCAACAAUCAGUAUCUGGAUGGACUUUCACAUUGAGAACAUACAAUGUUGUUGAAUAUUAUGCGCCUAUAAUGGAAAUGGCCUGUGAUGGAGAUGUGACUGAUCAAUUUGGAGGAACCCUUCUCCAUAGAGCGGCUCUUGCAAAAAGGUAUAAUGCAUGCCAGUUCUUAAUAGAUCAAGGUACAGAUGUAAAUGUAAUGAAGUUUACUGGUGUGACAGCAUGGGAAACGUCAUUCGCAGUGUUCGGUUAUUAUGAAGAUGAAUUUGCAAUAUUGCAAUACUUGGUUUCCAAGACCGAUCACGAUAUCAUCAGUGAUUUACGCGACCUCCUAGAUUACUGCUCCUGGAUCACCCCUGAAGAAUUUGAUUGGAUACUUCGAUCUACCGAGAACCCCAUUCAUGAAAGAAGUCAACAGGAACGGUCACUUUUAGUGUUAAGAAUCUCCGAAUGCAAAUUAAUGCACAUGAAAGAACUCGUAUGGUUGACUCUUGGCAAUAUGGAUAUGGAAACUUGCGUCCAGAACUUAAAGAAAGCGCGCUUCUUCAUGCUAUUGGAAAGAAUCAUACACUGCUUAGGUUUCAUAGUAGCAAAUCAUCGGGUUGUUCGGAAAAAAAGGAGUUAUAUGGCACCACAUGAAGAUUAUUUGAAGGAUCAUCUAAACAUGGUACAUGGUCUUUUCCUUGCUGGCUCGAAGUUUUACCACUUAAAAGAUACAUUUAAAGACUACAGUCAUAGUUUUCUUCGCCAGUUAUUCAAGGGCGCGACUUCACGUGUUGCGAACCGCCCUGGACAUAGAACAUGUGCAAGGUUUGAUCGCCUUGAAAAAAAUCUUCAAAAUUCGAUUAAGACGUGGCUCGAUCAGCUAAUGUUGGAGGGGAUCGAUUUAGUUGAAUACGGUCAAUGGGAAAAGGAGAUACUGGGUAGCGACCAAAUUUGUGGUUCCGUCCAACCUACAAGUAAAAGCUUCCCUCGUAUAGAGAACGACCAUGUCUUGAGUUUGUUGAGUUUUACAUAUGGACCAAAGAGAAGCGACUGGCAGUUCUGGUUUACUAUUGAGCCUCAGUGUAUACAUGAGGGCUCCGUUAAGGAAUUUUGGGAUAUGGUCGAGAAUCCUGAAAGACAGAUACCAUGCGCUUGGAAUUUUGAUACCUAG